AUGCCGGUCAUGAACCGUCUUCUUGAGUGCGGUCACAGAUCUAACGUGAAAACCGCAGGAGUCAACCCCGGGGACAGAGGGGAUCCAAUCAACCGGCCUCCAAGUAGCUGGAUUACAGGACUACGCCCCGAGGCCCGGAAAAUAGAGCUAUGGAUGGGUGCAAAGUCGACGUCGCUGUCCGCUGGAGGCGCUGCUAGUUUUUGUCGCAUUAGGGCGCUCCUACACUGGAGCCGGUCCGCUCAGUCAGAAAUACUAUCGAAUGGACCUGUUGAAACAUAUGACUACAUACUGUCCCACAUCAAGGGAGAUUUACAGAAAUGGUCCAACUUUAGAACUUGUAUAGAACCUGCCGAAAAGCUAUCGAUUCUCUUGAGGUAUCUAUCAACAGGCAUGUCCUUUGAAGCAUUGAGCGAAACAUUUCGCAUGAGCAACUACACCGUCGGAAAAAUAGUCGAGGAAGUUUGUGAUUGCAUGUGGGAACAGCUUGCCCCAGUCCACUUACCAGUGCCUAAUAAACAAAGAUUUCUUGAAAUUGCAGCAGAAUUUAAGGAGAAAUGGAACUUUCCCAACUGUGUAGGUUGUAUAGACGGAAAACACGUGAGAAUAAAAUCUCCUGGGAAAAGCGGUACAAUGUUUUUGAACUAUAAGAAAUUUUUUUCAGUUAACCUUCAUGCAGUAGCCGACGCCAAGUGUAAAUUCAUAUUCAUAGAUGUUGGAGCGUACGGAAAGCAAAGCGACGGGGGAGUUUUCGAAGCAUCACCAAUAUCCAAGUUUUUUGAAAAUUUCUCAGAACAUUUGCCUGCUCCCUCACCGAUAGAUACCAGCAGUGAAACACUCAUUCCAUAUGUUCUGGUAGGCGACGAUGCCUAUCCAUUAAAAUCAUACAUAAUGAAGCCAUUCGCCAACGAAAUUUGA